CUAGUAAGAACAACGUUGCUCAAUGUGUCCGUUCCUAUCACGUGUCACGCAACCCAGAGCUUGAUUAUAAUAUGGAAUUUAGCAUAGCCGAGGUAUACGAGACAGCCGCAGCGUUAUCACAAUAUCAGGCUCAGACUCCUCUUUCAACUUGUAAAGAUGUCACUGCAAAG